AUGAAUCUUCUCCUGGUGCUCGCUUUGGGGCUGGCAGGAGCGUCUCCCCUGGGGGAACACAAGGAGUGCCCGCCUCACUCCAGACCCUGGCAGGUGAAUCUGCACGAUGGAAGAAUGUCCUGCAGCGGAGCUCUCAUCGACCAGUGGUGGAUAGUGACCUCCUUUGACUGUGCACCCACAGCCCACGGGUCCAUUGCAACCCUGGGAGACCACGAUGUGACGGUGGAGGAAGGAACCGAGCAGCACAUCCACGUCUCCGAGGUGAUCCGUCACAGCCCGUACCGCUCGCCCUUCCACAGCCUCACCAUGGUGCGUCUGGCCCGGCCUGCCCAGUUCAACCAGCACGUCCAGCCGGUCCCACUGCCCAGCCGCUGCCCGCAGCCCGGGGAGAUCUGCUCUGUGAGCGGCUGGGGCUCCACCAGGCCCAAUCACUACGAGCCUCAGCAGCGGCUGAAGUGUAUCACCGUGCCGGUCGUGGAUGAUCAGACGUGUGUGAACACUUUCCCUGAGUACCUGUACUGGAGCAUGGGCAUGGUCUGCGCUGGUCGAGCAGACACAGAUAACUGCAUGGAUAAUGGCGGCAGUGUGAUGGUGUGCGGAGGCCAGCUGCAGGGGGUGCAGUGGUUCAACCAUGGCUGCAGAAACCCAGCUGACCCGAGUGUCUACUCCAAGAUGUGCCAGUACAACGACUGGAUCCACCAAGUGAUGGCCCACUACCCACCGUUCGUGCCGACCACUGUUUCGACCACGACACGAGGCCGCAGGGACUAA